AUGCUUUCGAUUCUCCGAAAAGCGCGCCUCAAGGAUAAGGAGAUGAGGAUUCUGAUGCUGGGGCUCGAUAACGCUGGGAAAACGACGAUUGUCAAGAAGAUCAUGAACGAGGAUGUCAACACGGUCAGUCCGACACUAGGUUUCAUCAUCAAGACCAUAGACUACGAGGGGUAUAAACUAAACAUAUGGGACGUUGGGGGGCAAAAGACCCUGCGAUCCUACUGGAGAAAUUACUUCGAGAAGACCGACGCCUUGAUCUGGGUUGUCGAUGCGACAGACCGCCUCAGAAUCGAGGACUGCAGGGAGGAGCUCCACGGUCUCCUCCAAGAGGAGCGACUUUCAGGCGCGAGUUUGCUGGUGUUCGCAAACAAGACCGAUGUACAGGGCUGCAUGGACGAGGACGAAAUCCUGCAGGGGCUGCGAUUGAAGUCCAUCCGGACACACCGUUGGCAGGUGCUGCGAUGCAGUGCUAUGACGGGGGAGAACCUUAAAGAGGGACUCGCAUGGGUCGUUGAGGACGCGAAAGCAAGGCUCUUCCUCUACUGA